UGUUUGUCGGAAGCAUCGCGAGAUCAGCUGACAUGCCCUCAAAACAUAAACAUCGUCGUUUGACAGUCCACCGCAAGCAAUGGAAGACAUUAAACUGAUUCCGUUCCUUCAUUAUCUGCUCGUCACAUUGCCAUAUCCACGAACAGCCUUUAAGAAUGGGUUACAUGCAGCCUCUAUGGUCCAAAUGGAGAAUCAAGGGCGCGACGAGGUGGAAAACAUCAAGACCAAGUUCUUGUCUGUGUGGCAUCAUGUCAAGUACAGUUGGGCUCUGAAGUCAAAGACCUUAUUCAGCCGAAAUUCCCCUGUGCUUCUCCUGGGGAAGUGUUAUCAUUUUAAGGCUGAAGAUGAUAGUGAUUCCGAAGCCUACUCGGAGGAAGCUUCGGAUUGUGUCAUGGGAAAUAUCGAGGAUUUCCGAAGGGAUUUUGGAUCUCGCAUCUGGCUAACGUAUCGGGAAGAGUUUCCCCCCUUGCCUGGCUCUGUUUUAACGUCUGACUGUGGCUGGGGCUGCAUGUUGCGGGCUGGACAGAUGAUGUUAGCCCAAGCACUUGUUCUGCAUGUCUUGGGCAGAGACUGGACAUGGUCCGAGGCACUACAGCUCCAGUGUUUAGACGCCGAGACGUGGACCACCACUGCGGCCAAGCGCCUGGUGGAAUCCGUGGAGGCUUCUCUGCAGGGCACCCUCAACAGGCCCUCCUCCAAUCCUCAAUCAUCAGCCACAGAGCAGGCUCCGGGGCCAGCGGAGGAGGCAGAUGCCCAUUUAAAAGAAAUGUACCACAGGACGCUGAUUUCUUGCUUUGGGGACAUCCCCUCCGCUCAGCUGGGUCUCCACAGACUGGUGCUUUUAGGUCUGACAUUGGGGAAACAGGCGGGGGACUGGUAUGGACCUGCUGCUGUAGCGCACAUUCUCAAGAAAGCUAUGGAUGAAGCGAAAGAGCCAGCCUUAAGCGCUAUAAGCGCUUAUGUCUCCCAGGAUUGUACAGUGUACAGCGCUGACGUGAUUGACAGCCACAAGGCAGCCAAAGCCUGUGGGACAUCAGACGCCCUGCCCCUUCCACAAAAUAACCAAUCAGCGCCUGCGUCCACCCUGCCCGACGCUCGAGCUGUUGUCAUUCUCGUCCCUGUGCGACUUGGCGGAGAAAAGAUCAACCCAGAGUACUUUAACUUUGCAAAGAGAAUACUAAGUCUGGAGUACUGCAUCGGCAUCAUUGGAGGGAAGCCCAAGCAGGCGUGCUACUUUGUAGGAUUUCAAGAUGACAGCUUGAUUUACAUGGACCCUCAUUACUGUCAGUCUUUUGUGGACGUCAGCACUAGCGAUUUCCCUCUCCAGUCCUAUCAUUGUCCCUCACCAAAGAAGAUGCCUUUCACUAAGAUGGAUCCAAGCUGCACCAUAGGAUUUUACUCCAGAAGUGUCCAAGACUAUGAGAAAAUCAGCCGAGAGCUGUCGCAGGUGCUGCAGCCAUCAGCGAGCGACAAAUACCCAGCCUUCACUAUUGUGCAAGGCCAUGGCAGAGAUUAUGACCUGUCAGCCAGCCUGACCCCAGAAAAGAGGGAAUGGCCCUUCAUCCGUGACCCGAGGAGGACAAUCACCACUGCUGGCGACUUUGUGCUACUUUGACGCAAGCGUUUUGUGACAUUGAACUUUUUCAAACAGGACCGACGCUGAAAACAGACUGAUUGGUGAACAGCUGGAUUGUGGCAAUGUGAGCUUGCUCAAAUAUGUCGUAGGACAUCUGCUGAAUGAUCCAAUCUAUUUUUAUACUAAACGCAAGAAAUGGAAUUGAAUUGUGCAGUUGUUCUAUUAGUUUCUUUUUCCCAGCAGACAUUUCAGUGUUAUGAUAUGAAGACUAGUUCAGUAACACCUGCAUGUAAAAUAAAGAACAUUAAGUUCCUGCAAUAUUAAUACAACUUGUAUGGCAUGAUUUGUAUUGGACUUUAAUGAAUAUGAUUUUAUAGAGUUUUCCCCCUGAACUUCUCCAAAUCUCAAGUAGGAUGCCUAUUUAAAUGAUAAUGCAGCAUUUUUGAAGGGCAAUCCUUUCAAUUCAUUUUGUAUUCAUUUGGAAAUUGUAAAUAAAUAUCUUGGCAAUAAAGGAACCUUGCUUAUAAAA